CCCAUCAGGUCAAAGAAACUUCUUCCAGACUUGGAUAACUAGAAACUGGUCAGUGGAAUUUUCUCAAAGUCUUUGUCUCCAACACACAAAUAGUGAAAGGAACAAGCUUUAUCUCCGUAAUCCGUGUCCAACACUUCUUCUCCUUCUUCUUUUUAUCCAUGAAUUCUUUUUCGUUCAUAUCCCCAAAUUUGGAAGCUCAUUAGAUUAUACGAGGAGAGGGAUGGCGGCGUUCCUGCAGCCGAUGCAACAGACUCUAUGGGACUCGGUCCUCCAACUCACUAAGUCGGCACAGGAUAAGAACAGUGACCCUCUGCUCUGGGCGAUUCAGCUCAGUUCCAGCCUCAACUCUGCCGGGGUCGUUUUACCGUCUACCGAGUUGGCCCAUCUGUUGGUCUCCUACAUCUGCUUCGAGAAUAGCGUGCCUAUCAUGUGGAAGUUCCUCGAGAAGGCAUUGACCGUCAAGAUCGCCGCUCCCAUGCUUGUCCUCGCUCUUCUCUCUACCAGAGUGGUUCCAAAUCGACAGCUUCACCCGGCUGCAUACAGGCUUUAUAUGGAACUCGUUAAGAGGCAUGCCUUUUCAUUCGCAUCUCAUGUCAGUGGGCCAAAUUAUCCAAAGAUUAUGAAAUCAGUUGAUGAGGUUCUUCAUCUUUCUCAUAUAUUUGGCCUUCAAGUGUUUGAACCAGGGCUGCUUCUGGUUGAAUAUGUCUUUUCAAUGGUGUGGCAGUUGCUUGAUGCAUCAUUGGAUGAUGAAGGUUUACUGGAUCUUACCUCAGAAAAGAAGUCUAAAUGGCCAACCAGCCUGCAAGAUUUGGAAAUAGAUGGUCAUGAAACUUUUGGUGGGAAGAGAAAUGAGCUUCACGAGGGGCUGCACAAAGCAAAUACUACAAUGGCUAUUGAACUAAUGGGAGAGUUUCUGCAGAACAAAGUAACUUCAAGGAUUCUCUACUUGGCACAACAAAACUUGCCUUCACACUGGCGGGGCUUUAUUCAGCGAGUGCGGCAGCUCACAGCAUAUUCAGCAGCCUUGAGGAAUUCAAAACAUAUAACUGCAGAGAUACUUCUGCAGCUGACAUCUGAUACACGACCACUUGUGUCUCAAGAGUGCAAAAAAAAAUCACAGCAAGACUUUCAAGCUGUCAUGUCUUCUGGAUCUCUGAUAUCUUCUGCUGGUCAAUGCCAUGGAGCUAGUUGGUCUGUGCUCUGGCUUCCAAUUGAUCUUUUUCUAGAAGAUGCUAUGGAUGGAUCACAAGUGGCAGCAAUCGGUGCUGUAGAAAAUCUUACAGGUUUGGUAAAAGCUCUGCAAGCAGUUAAUGGUACCACAUGGCAUGAUACUUUUCUAGGUCUCUGGAUUGCAGCUUUACGGCUUGUUCAAAGGGAAAGGGAACCCAGUGAGGGUCCUGUACCUCGAAUUGAUACCUGCUUGUGCAUGCUAUUGUCUAUUACGACACUGGCAGUGGCUAAUAUUAUUGAAGAAGAAGAAGGUGAACUGAUUGAUGAAACUGAACACAGCCCUACUGACCAAAUGAAAGAGAAACAAGGUCUGGGAAAAUGUCGCAGGGGUCUUAUUACUGCAUUACAAUUGCUAGGUGAUUAUGAUAGCUUGUUGACCCCACCUCAGUCUGUUACUUCAGUAGCCAAUCAAGCUGCUGCAAAAGCUACACUGUUUAUCUCGGGAGUGAACAGUAGUAAUAGCUAUUAUGAAAGCAUGAGCAUGAAUGACAUGCCUAUUAACUGUUCUGGAAACAUGAGGCACCUGAUUGUUGAGGCAUGCAUUGCAAGAAAUCUGUUAGACACAUCAGCAUAUUUUUGGGCAGGGUACGUGAAUGCACACUCCAACCAAAUACCUCGUGGCGUUCUUGGCCAAAUACCUGGGUGGUCAUCAUUGAUGAAGGGGUCACCUCUAACCCCCUCGAUGAUAAACAUUUUGGUGGCAACUCCUGCUUCAAGUUUACCAGAGAUCGAGAAAGUAUAUGAGAUUGCAGUCAGUGGCUCCAAUGAUGAGAAGAUAACUGCUGCUAACAUUCUUUGUGGAGCGUCUCUUCUUCGUGGUUGGAAUAUACAGGAACAUACCGUUCUUUUCAUUAUAAAAUUGCUGUCACCACCAGUUCCUGCUGAUUAUUCUGGAAGUGAGAGCUACUUGAUUGAUUAUGCUCCACUUUUGAAUGUUCUGCUUGUUGGAAUAUCAUCUGUGGAUUGUGUACAGAUUUUAUCCUUGCAUGGUUUGGCUCCACUACUAGCAGGUGCAUUGAUGCCCAUUUGCGAGGUCUUUGGUUCUAGUGUUCCCAAGGUCUCAAGCACUCUUCCAUCAGAGGACGAAAUCUCUUGUCAUGCAGUGUUCUCCAAUGCAUUCUCACUUUUGGUGAGAUUGUGGAGAUUUCAUUAUCCACCUCUUGAAAAUGUGAUGGGAGAUAAAACACCAGUGGGCUCCCAAGUGGGCCCUGAGUACCUCUUAUUGGUUCGGAACUCCCAAUUAGCUUCUUUUGGAACUUUGCCUAGGGAUCGCAUCAAAAUUAGAAGAUACUCAAAAAAUUUAAAUAUAUCUUUAGAUCCCAUAUUCAUGGAUUCUUUUCCACAAUUAAAACGCUGGUACUGGCAACAUAUAGAAUGUAUUGUUUCCACAUUUUCUGGUCUUGUACAUGGUACCCCUGUUCACCAGCUUGUUGAUGCACUCCUCAAUAUGAUGUUCAGAAGGAUAAACAGAAGUGUUCAAUCGCUGACUUCUACAACUUCUGGAAGUAGUAAUUCAUCUGGCCCUGGAGCUGAGGAAGCUUAUGUUGGACUUCAAGUACCUGCAUGGGAUAUCCUAGAAGCAACUCCAUUUGCACUUGAUGCAGCUCUAACAGCCUGUGCCCAUGGAAGAUUAUCCCCCCGUGAACUGGCUACAGGACUCAAAGAUCUUGCUGAUUUCCUACCUGCAUCUUUGGCCACCAUUGUCAGCUACCUUUCAGCUGAAGUUACACGGGGCAUAUGGAAGCCAGCUUUUAUGAAUGGAACUGAUUGGCCUAGCCCUGCUGCCAAUUUAGCCACUGUUGAGCAACAGAUAAAGAAAAUACUUUCUGCCACUGGUGUUGACAUCCCAAGCCUUCCUGUAGGGGGGAACUCUCCAGCUACACUUCCUUUGCCUUUAGCUGCCCUAGUAAGCCUCACAAUCACUUAUCGACUUGAUAAAGUGUCUGACCGGUUCCUCGUCCUGGUUGGCCCAGCCUUGAAUGCCCUUGCUGCUGGUUGCCCUUGGCCAUGCAUGCCCAUCAUAUCUGCCUUAUGGGCGCAGAAGGUAAAGCGUUGGAGUGACUUCCUUGUGUUCUCUGCUUCUGGCACUGUCUUCCACCACAAUGGUGAUGCUGUAGUUCAGCUACUGAAGAGUUGCUUCACUUCUACUCUUGGUUUCAGCCCCCCUCACAUUUCUAGUAAUGGAGGUGUUGGUGCCCUUCUAGGCCAUGGCUUUGGCUCUCACUUAUCUGGUGGGAUCUCGGCUGUUGCCCCUGGAAUUCUCUACUUACGAGUGCAUCGAUCUAUCAGAGAUGUCAUGUUCAUGACAGAAAAAAUUCUCUCUAUUCUAAUGCAUUCUGUUGAAGAUAUUGCAAACAGUGGGUUACCUAGAGAGACCGUGGAGAAAUUAAAGAGGGCGAAGUAUGGGAUGAGAUAUGGUCAAGUUUCUCUUGCUGCAGCAAUGAUGCGUGUCAAGCUUGCAGCAUCACUUGGAGCUUCUUUAGUUUGGAUAUCAGGUGGGUUGAGUUUGGUUCAAUCUUUAAUCCAAGAAACUUUACCCUCUUGGUUUAUAUCAGCCCAUGGGUCAGAGCAGGAAGGUGGAGAAUCUGGAGGUGUAGUUAAUAUGCUUGGAGGUUAUGCACUUGCAUUCCUUGUGAUGCUUUGUGGGACAUUUGCAUGGGGUGUGGACUCACAAUCACCGCCAUCAAAACGACGGCCAAAGGUCCUUGGGUCUCACUUAGAAUUUCUUGCAAGUGCACUAGAUGGGAAAAUAUCGCUUGGUUGUGAUUGGGCCACUGCACGAGCAUAUGUAUCUGGGUUUUUGAGCUUGAUGGUGACUUGCACACCAACAUGGGUGCGUGAGGUUAAUGUUGAUUUAUUGAAGAGGCUGAGCAAGGGAUUGAGGCAAUGGAACGAGGAAGAACUGGCUGUGGCCUUGCUGGGACUUGGUGGGGUUGGUGCAAUGGGUGCGGCUGCUGAACUUAUCAUUGAAACUGGGUUAUAAUCCCUAUUAUCAGAUGAGAAAAUCCUUGGUUAUAAUUUUCUGUGAUGGAAUCAUAGCUCAUGUAAAUUGAAAUGUAGUUUGUAUAAGCAAAUAGGAUUUAUAUUUCUGUAGAUGACGGUUAAAUUUCACUUUGUUGGAUUCUCGAGGUUCCGGGCUUGUGCCAACAAAACGUUGCACAAGGUGACGGUAACAGGGAUGACUACUUUUUUCAACAAUUAUGUGGCCUUUGGAUUUGGUGAACUUGGCAAAGUUAACGGUCAGGUAUCUCUCAGGUCUUAACCAUGUAUCCUAUGGUAACUGUUAUUGCACGGUUUAUGAACUGAUUGGUUCGUGGUCUUAGUGUUA